UUAAAUUGGUUGUGCAAUUUGGCAGUCAAAACUGAAAACAGCAAUCUUGUUAGAGAAAGCGAUUUAAAUCAAUCAGUGGAAGAGGUGUAACAAUAUUUUAAUGCACAUGUGAUUGUUGGAAUACUUUAACAUUCUGCGCAUAUUUCUGGCAUAAAUUGGCAUACCAGAUAUAAUGUUUGCAAAAAUUUAAUGAAAUUACACACACAUUUAAAUCACUCAAACACUCGAACGCCAACAUCCUGACAAUGCAACGAAAACAACAGAAAAAGACUCGGAAAAACGAGCAUGACAACCACACAUAGGACAUCCAGGACACACACAGGACAUAUACAGGACACACAAAAGCUGGGAAACAAAUUACGGUGAAAUUUCAGCAAUUUGCCAUAAAUUGAGACAACAAGGCACAAAAAGCCAAACAGCCAACCAGUCAGCACCGCAAAUGUACAGUAAUUUUUGCCACCAACCCGAAACAAAAGCACGCAUACGCCAUGUAGGCCGUAUUUUCCCCGGCUUUUUUUUUUUUGCCCGCCUAUCCCUUCACCUCACUCUUUAUUUUUUCUGCUGAUGGGUAUUUCGAGUGCAGUGGAAAAGUCAUUUCAAUAAUUGCAAAACCACAAAUUUACUACAACUCGCAGCGGUUCUGGACUGGACACUGGCCCCAGUUUAUAUGGACAGCGUGGAGUGGACCGCAAAUACAAAAUCCCUUUGGCAGGGGGCAUAGUUUUUGCCAUUGUAAAUUUUAAGCCCACAAACACAAACAUACAGGCACACACAGGCUCGUAAACACACACUUAUACACUGUAUCCACUGCCCACAAUGUGCAUGCCGGAGCGAAAAUAAAAAUAUCUGAAAUGUUUCUCAUUUGCAUGUCCUGGGACGGGGCCACGACACGACCGCAAAACCAAAAUAGUUCCAAUGGACAUAAAAUGUCAACAGCAGCAGCACCACCAGCACCAGGCCGGAGGAGGGCCCGGACAACCAGGAUCGGCAGGACAACCGCAGGCUGGGGGCCUCAAUCAACUGCUGUUGAACGGAAAUGAACGCAUGUUAACAACACCAGCAACAGCAGCAGUAACGACAACAGAAAGUGGUCCUGGAAGUGGUCCGGGUACAGGAACAGGAACAGGUCGAGGCACGGGUGUGGGUCCAACAUCAAGUGGCAAAGCCCACAAUGACAAAAUGGCGUCAGUCACCAGAAACGUCAGCGGAAGUUGCACCAACCACAACAGCAGCAACAUUUCCAGCAACAACCACCAUCCCAUAAACAAGCAGCAGCAAAUGCCCGGACCAGGACCCCCUCUGACAUCCCUGCCUCCACUGCCCCCCUGCCAGCGCAUCACCUUGGGGGAGUGCAGCCUCAAUGGAAUGGACGGCUUUGCAACGCCAGCACCUCCAACAACGACUCCGCAAGGACCUCAGGGAAUGGGUACCGGCAUCGGAAUGGCAGUGGGAGGGGCAGUGGGAAUGGGCACAGGACCCCUGCCCGUGGGAGUACCACAGCCGCCCAGCCAGUGCGCCCACUGCUGCCAGCCAAUUUGUGAUCGCUACAUCAUGCGCGUGGUGGAGAACUCCUUCCACGAGGGCUGCCUCAAGUGCACCGCCUGCUCGUUGCACCUGGUGCACUCCUGUUUCGCGAGGGAGGGCAAGCUCUACUGCCGCAUUGACUACGAGAGGCUCUACAUCCGCAAUCGAUGCCUUGGUUGUGGUCAUAAAAUCGCCUCUGACGAGCUCGUGAUGCGCUGCCACGAGAACGUCUUCCAUCUGAAGUGCUUUGCCUGCGUGGUCUGCGGGGUCCUGCUGAAGAAGGGGGAGCAGUAUGUGGUCAAGCAGGGCCAGCUCUUCUGUCGCUUUGACUACGAGAAGGAGGUGGAGAUGCUACAAGGAUAUGAUUUCUACGGCGAUGAGCUAUUUCCGCCCAAGCUGGACGGUAGGCGUGGCCCAAAACGCCCAAGGACCAUUCUGAACACGCAGCAGCGGCGAGCCUUCAAAGCAUCCUUUGAAGUGUCGCCAAAGCCCUGUCGCAAAGUGAGAGAGAACCUGGCAAAGGAGACUGGUUUGAGCCUGCGGAUAGUGCAGGUAUGGUUCCAAAACCAACGGGCCAAGGUAAAAAAGAUUCAAAAGAAAGCCAAACAAGAGCCGCCCAGCAAGGGAGCUAGUGAUUCGCAGGACUCGCAGGAGUCCCUGGACAGCAGUCUGGCGGCAAAGAUCAAGGACGAGGCCCACAGCGACAGUGAAUCGCAAAUGGAGUCACCUUACUCCACAGCCUCCGACGGAAUGAGCCGGAUGGCAACCCGUUGCACCAUCAAGGAUGAGCAGGAGCAAGUGCCCUUCAACUGCUUGGAGACCAACAAAGAAAACUGCAACAAGAACAACGAGCCCAUUUUAAACACCAUCCUGGGGCUCAGUUAUGCGACUUUCCAGCAGCUAAUGGGUCCUUUCGCCCAAACGCCGAUGAUCAAUCCGAUCGACCGGCUCUACAGCAUGCAGAGCUCCUACUUCCGGCCGGAGGAGCUGCAGGCCUACGGCGAAUGCGGCGUCAAGGACGCCAUGGAACACUAGUCCUGCGGAGGGCCUCCGGAGGCCAUCGAAUUUUAAGCCCAAAUCAAAAUUAGACCUUGUAAAAUAAAAGAAUGUUAAUG